AUUAGACAUCAAGCCGUUAUUAUUAUUGAAGAUUGAAGUUGAAGAAAAGCGAUGUGAUUCUAUUCUUCUACUGUCUUUUCUUGACUCAGUACCUAACACUUCUUCCACUGCGUGUUCUUCCUUUUACCCAAAAUGAAGUGCUUCCAUUUCUCCAACGGAGGAUCAGAGAAACGAGGAGUAGUAGUAGGAGAAGACGAAGAAGGUUCAGCAUCAAGCUCAAGAGGUUCACGAGUCUCAUGGGCUCGUUCUCUAAGCUUAAUGGACUCACGCCGUUCCGAGUACGACUCCGAUUCAAGAGACUUCUCCGACACGCUCGGCUUCCACGAGUUUCUCUCUCAACGCCGAGCCAAUCACCUUGUUCUAUUCUCUUUCUCCGACCUUAAAACCGCCACUCGUGGCUUCAAUAGAGCUCUCUUAAUCGGCGAAGGUGGCUUCGGUUCUGUCUAUAGAGGAACCCUAAAUCAUCAUUCUCAUCGUUCCCAAAUUGAUGUUGCUAUUAAACAAUUGAAUCGUAAUGGUCAUCAGGGGCAUAAGGAGUGGAUUAAUGAAGUGAAUUUAUUAGGGGUGAUUAAGCAUCCAAAUUUGGUGAGGUUGGUUGGUUAUUGUGCUGAAGAUGAUGAAAGAGGGAUACAAAGGCUUUUGGUGUAUGAGUUUAUGCCUAAUAAGAGCUUGGAAGAUCAUCUUCUGGCUCGUGUUCCUUCGUCGGUUCUUUCUUGGAUUAGCAGAUUAAAGAUUGCUCAAGAUGCGGCUCGUGGUUUGGCUUACCUACAUGAAGAAAUGGAUUUUCAGCUAAUAUUUCGAGAUUUUAAAACAUCCAACAUCUUGCUAGAUGAGGACUUCAAUGCAAAGCUUUCAGAUUUUGGACUCGCUCGGCAAGGACCCUCAGAAGGGUCUGGUUAUGUUUCAACAGCAGUUGUUGGCACCAUAGGAUAUGCUGCGCCAGAGUAUGUUCAUACUGGUAAGCUGACUGCUAAGAGUGAUGUUUGGAGCUUUGGCGUAGUUCUUUAUGAGCUUAUCACUGGGAGGAGAGCCGUAGAAAGAAACUUACCAAGAAACGAACAAAAGCUUUUGGAGUGGGUAAGAUCUUAUGUAUCUGAUUCUAAGAAGUUCCAUCAUAUAGUCGAUCCUCGGCUUGAGGGACAGGAUUGCACCAAAUCAGCUCAUAAACUUGCAAUCCUAGCAAACAAGUGUCUAACGAAGCAGCCAAGGUCUCGCCCAAAAAUGAGUGAGGUGGUUGAGAUUCUCGACAACAUUAUCAACGAGAUUGUUCCUGUGGAUGAUUGCAUUUCCCAAACUGUUGCAGAAACUGGAGAAGGAAAAGAAGUAAAUUUAUCUGUAGAGGAUGCUGAGCGGGAACCAGCUAAACAGGGGAGUAAUUAUCGGAAGAAGGUUUUUGAAUUCAGAGACAUGGUCAGCUUAAGAAAUAAAUCCGUUGGAAGGUUUGAUUGGAAAAGUUGGGCACCUGGGCUUGUAAGAACUUGGUGAUGAGUGAUCUGCAUUCGUAUCUUGGAAAGCAAAAUCUUCCUCUAUCGUUGCCUGUUCAUCGCAAUGUUCGGUGAUCACUUAGUUUCAGUCAGUGAAAUCGGCAUAGCUGAGCACAUGGUUAACAUACUUAUCCAAGUCAAUUUUGUAUUAAUUAAUAAAUGUUUGUACAGGAUAAUUUUGAGCAAAGCUAUAUAAUAUCAAGUUAUCUGACCUUGAUACUAACUAUGAAUUCAGUCAUGAAAGCAAGGUUUAGGUAUUGAAGGAAUUAUGUGUAUAUAUCGAAGUACAUACAACUCAUUGAAAUACUCGAAUUGUAAGACUCUGACUUCACUUGUAUGAAUUGAGUUACCAUUCCAAUU